GUUUGCUUCCGCUCCUUUUGUUAGCGUCAAGGCUCAACGGCUAACCUCGCCCGUGCAUUUUAUUAGACUCUGAUCAUUGACACUGCCUAGCUAUACUGAUACGAAUCAUCCGAACAGUCAAUGGUAUUUAAGCUUCAGCGCCCAGAUUUUCCUCCCGACAACAACAGCCAACAUGUCUCUAACCAAAGCGAGCAUCGCUCUGGGUGCGAUUCCAGCAUAUCUAAUCUACAAGAUCCUCCGCGGGAUGUUCUCUCCCGCACAUGCGCUUCCAGGCCCCGAAUCUCCCAGCUGGUUCUGGGGCAACUUGAAACAGAUUAUGGAUGACAACGAUUCCGGGCUCGUCGAGCGCUGGGUUAAGAAACACGGCCGCACGAUGAAGUGGAACACUUUCCUGGGCGGAGCUCUGAUGUUCACAACCGAUCCCAAGGCUAUCCGACACUUUUACUCACAUCCGGACAUCUAUCAGAAACCGGAAUCCGUACGCUUCAGUUUAUCGAGGGUGGUGGGACCGGGUGUUUUGGUCACGGACGGGGACGCACAUCGAAAACAACGGAAGAUCAUGCUCCGAGACGCGUGGGUUUCGCAAGUCAAUACGGCAUCAACGGAUGGAGUUGAAGUUGAAGUUCUCUCGUGGCUAGGGAAAGCAGCGCUGGAUAUAAUCGGGCUUGCCGGCUUCAACCACGAUAUCGGAUCGCUUCAUAGCGCCUCGGAAGAAUCAUUGAGCCCAUCAAAUGAGCUUGUCAGCAUCCUCAACAAUAGCGUCACAGCGAACUCCCAGAUUACUCUCGGUCGCUUUUUGCAAAUUAGGUAUCCCGCUCUCAGACCAUUUCUCGAGUAUCUGGACAAAGGCUUGCUCGCCAAUCAAAGAAAAAUGAAUUGCGUUGGCCGUGCACUGCUGAACGACGCAAAAGCAGAGCUUUCUGAUUCUGGACACGACACGAGGAAGGAUUUACUUUCGCUUUUAGUUAAGGCAAAUACCAGCAAGGAUGUGGCCGAAAAGGACAAGAUGAGCGAGGAAGAGGUGAUCGCGCAGGUUCCUACAUUUCUGGUCGCCGGUCACGAAACCACGAGUACCGCCGUAGCCUGGGCCCUGCUCUCCCUCUCGCAACACCCGCACGUGCAGGCAAGACUGCGUCAAGAAGCUCUUGCGGUCUCCACAGAUCAACCAUCUAUGGACGAGCUGAACGGUCUUCCGUACCUGGACUGUGUAGUCCGCGAAACAUUGCGAUUGCACUCACCCGUUCCCAAUACAAAUCGUCUUGCCGAACAAGAUGAUGUUGUCCCUCUGGAAACUCCUUAUAAAGACCGGUACGGCAAGGUCCACAAUGUGCUGCACAUCAAGAAAGGACAGGCGGUCAUACUGCCCAUACUCGCCCCGAACCGAGAUUCUGAGAUCUGGGGCCCGGAUGCGAUGGAAUUCGUUCCUGAGCGGUGGGGAAAUCGGAAAGCAGGACUACAAUCUCCGUUGGCAGGCGUUUGGGGCGAUAUGUUGACCUUCCUUGGCGGAUCCCACAGCUGCAUUGGGUUCCGAUUUGCUUUGAUCGAGAUGAAAGCGAUGAUUUUCACGCUCAUACGGACUUUCGAAUUCGACCUCGCUGUUUUAGCAGAAGAAAUGGGGCAGAGGGCAAACAUGAUUGUGAUGCAGCCAGUCGAGUUGAAAGGUGGGGACGGUGGGAAUCGGUGUCCCUUGAAGAUCCGCCUAUGUGAAGGAUAAAUUGGAAGAUUUUUAAAUAGGUAUCGGAACAUUUCCCCACUCGUAAUAUACUCCUUUCAUCCACAGCACCGUCCAAUCAAGAACAGAAUCGGCGUUAUCAUCAACAACAACCACGCAAACAGCGU